UGCGAGGAUAAUGGUGUAUCCCACGUAGUUGAGGCGGAAGAAGUAGCUACGAUGGAGUACGAUGCGGGGGAGUUCGAACAGGAGCCAACAACGAUGCCAUUUGGAAGACAGAGUGUUACUUCUGUGGCGUCACCGUUCAGCGGUGUAUCUCUAUUGGCCUCCCCUCAAGAUACCUGUGGCAAAAUUUGUCCGCCAAGCUGCGCCCCUUCUCGCUAUCUUCGGUCCGUUAUCUUCCUCAAAGGGGGGAUUCAAUAGACUCCGGUUACGCGGAGGGCGAUAGUUGGAUCGACCCGGAGCCACUGUCACAGUCACCUCCGCCAAAAGCACUGCCGUAUCUGGUUUCCAGCUCAGGGUACUCCCAUAGUUUGUCAUCUGCCCUGCCUCAGAUGCAAAAAUGCGAACUCGCGUAUUGUAUGUCCAGUGGCCAUCCAUCACCUUCCACGGGGUCUAUUGAAGCGAGUGUACCCGAAGACACGGAAGAUAGCGACGAUGGUACUUCCUCCAUAAUAGACAUCUACGAGAGUUCUUCAUCCGAUGUCGAGGAUUGCUCGUCGCCAACUAUGAAGAUUUCUAACCCUGCUGUCCUACGCGAGGCAUGCGAAGGUGAAAUGAGCGCACCACCUAAUACAGGUUCGUCUACGGCUACAGUUACUCCCCCAUCGGGCACUUUUGGGUGUUCAAUAUCCGGGGAGCCCUUUGUGCAGCCUACGAAUAACGAGAGUGUAUCAUUUCGCCCUGCUCUGUCCGCCCAGCCGUCCUUUGAUUUCAGCGUCACGUCUUCUCGAGUCUCGUUAUUGAGGCAAGACUCUCUGCUCUCUUCCCAUUCAGGCUCUUCCACUCCGAACACUUCUUUGUUUUCUCAAGAUGGUGACUCCUCACGCGUCGAAGAAUGUCUAUUUUUGCCCAACCCUGCAAAUGCAGACCAUGUUAUGCAGUCGGAAAUGUUUUGGAGUGUGACAGAUGACGACACGUUACAUCAACAGGUCCUUGCACCUUCACAGAGUAUAGCCAGCAUCGAGCAGAGGUCUCACUCACCUCAGUUGGGUGGGACUGGUGACUACGAGAAGUUGGACACCGCUAUUGGUACAGACGCGAAUUUUCCGCCGUGUUACUCUGCACCGACAAGGCAGGGAUAUUUGAAGGCUGUUCAAGACCUUGAAACAGAUGGCCACAACGUCCCUCAGGAAACAGUCGCCUCAUUCGAUCUGGUCCCAGCUGAAGGAGUGUUGCAGUUUCCCAUGCCUCCAGCGCCGACUGCUGAAAGUGUUACUCCAUCGGCUUUUCUCGAGGACGAUGUCACCUUCCAGCAAGUCCCUCAGGACGGCGUAGGUGAUAUGCGAUCUCCGCCUACCAUUGCGAAAAAUCACAGUAUGCAACUGAUCCAUACACCCUCGGGCCUCGCAGUCGACGCUUGUCCGAGUGAGCAAAAGCCUGCCAUUUCUGGGAUCUCCUCUACUAGCGAAGAUUUAGACAGAAGUCGCACCGACGCGAGCCCAGCAGAUGCAGAUAGAUUGUUCGCGCAUUCUCCGGUUUUUGAAAGACCUUCACUGCCCGCUGCGGACGGGUUGGGCCAAGCUUCAACAAAGGGGUGUUCCAAGCUAUCUUCUCCGCACUCACCAGACCACCAACAUAUGGGCGAUGACUUCCACGACACUCAUUCAAACACUUCCUACACGACUUCCACUCCGCGCGGCGCGGGUAUCCUAGCAAGCCAAGAAAGUCAGCAUAUAGCAUUGCGGUCACCUUGUUCAUCGCCUUGUUCAUCGUCCCCGCCUGCUGCUGCCUUACCACCUGUAUCUCAGUCGGUUCUGUCACGUUCAGGAAGUGUGUUUCGUCCGCUCCUCACGGGCCGCAAGUCCCUGCUUGAGGCAUCUCUCUUCGGCGACCGUAUUUCUCAGAACGCCUUUUCUGCGAGGGAUAGGUCGAUAUCAGUUUCAGCGCUAUCGCAUUCAAGGGCGAAAGAGGCUAGGAGUACAUCUGUCUCUCAGAAUUCCCUUCGGUACCGACAGUUCUCUACACACCCGCCGACACCAAUUAGCGAUGAUGGAUGUUCAAAGCGCUCUCUUGUGAAUAUGGCCGCAGUCGAAGAGUCAUUGUCUUCGCAUCCUAGAUCACAUUCUGCACCCCCAUGCAGGGGUCUUAGGCCACUCAGGCUGUCCUCCAACCAUACUACGAGGAAAUUUUCUUCGGCAACUUCAUCUUCUAGCAUUGCAUCUGCUCAAUCUCCAAAACUCAACCUUAUCAAUGGAUCUACAAUACGAUCACCCAGUGUAUUAUCAUCUACAAUUUCGCUUGGCCAUAAUCCUUUGCUUUCGUCACCAUGUCAUUCAUUACUUGAGCAUAACCGCAAUACCCUCGCAUCAUCUGACGGACUACUCCCGCACUUCGCCUGUUUCCCCUCACUUUCAAUCGUCGCAAAACAACAACCGGUCGCAGUGUAGUCCACCCUCCACUUCUGGCCCAACCCAACCUAGUUCAUGGCGUUUAUCUAACUAUAGGGCGAACUCUCGUAGUUACACCGCAGCUGACCGUUGGCC